UGACUAGGGAGCUGCGUGUCAUUGCUGCUCGGGAAAGCGAACAUAGCACCCCGUCGCUCCUCCCACCUCCAUUCUGCCGUCUCAGCUUGGGAAACCCUCGUUUCUUGGGCCUUUUCCUUUAAGAACCUCCCCCAUAGGACGUGCACGAUUUUGCUCUGCAGCAUCUUUGCGCUUCCUGGUUAAGGCGGCUGGGUGUAGGAGUAGAAAGUUUACGGUCAGCAGGUCCCACCCAAGGGUGAGUGAGUGGAAGCCUCGGUACGCCCGCCCCCUGUAGGUUGUCUGCGGCGGCGCUGGCUCCAAGUGGUACGAUCUUACCCCGUGGCUCCCGGAUUGGGAGCAAAGGAAGGGCGCAGGAAUCCGCGCAUGGCGCUUGUUACCGUCUGUCGCUCCCCAUCGGGGAGCGGCCACUCUACACCCAUCGGCUGCAAGGAUGAAGACGUUCCUAGGAAGAGACAGCUGCAGCGAUGCCACAGCUUCGUCAUGGUCAAAGGAGCUGCUCUGCUCCUGCAGGAAGAAGAAAAGCUGGAGUCUGUGCAGGAAGAUCCGGCCACCCCCUUGGACCACAAGCCUAAGUGUGAGAAUGAUGCAUCCGGACAACAGGAGCUGCACUUACAGCAAAUGGUGGAGCUGCUACGGCCAGAAGACAGCAUUCGGCUGGCUGUGAGGCUGGAGUCAGUGCGAGCUCACCGGAUCCGGUACUUGCUGGUUGUGUCAGCAGCUGAGAUGGAGAGCAAGAGUGAAAUGGUGCUGCUAGGAGUGGACUUCCCGGAAGAAGGCUUGGCUGCCUGCACGCUGGGGAUGGUGCUUCCACUUUGGAGCGACACCCAGGUCUUCCUUGAUGGCGAUGGGGGCUUCAGUGUGACAUCGGGGGGGCAGACACGUAUCUUUAAGCCCAUCUCAGUCCAAACCAUGUGGUCAGCCCUACAAGUGCUGCACAAGGCAUGCAGCAAAGCCGUCUGCAACAACCAUUUCCCAGGAGGCAGUGCACUGAGCUGGACCGAGUGGUAUCAGAAGGCUGUGAACUCUGAGCAGAGCUGCAUUAAUGAGUGGCUAGCCAUGUCUGACCUGGAAUCUGUUCGGCCCACUUCUCCCACAGUCUUCUCUGACCAGCCGACAGCACAGGAGAUGACAGAGCGGAUGAUCCGGGCCAAGCUGCGUGAGGUGAUGGCCACCACUGACCUGGAGAGCAUCACCUCCAAGGAGAUCCGUACAGAACUGGAGCGGCGAGCUUGCCACAGCCUGAAUGACUACAAGGAGUUUAUUGACAAUGAAAUGCUGCUCAUCAUGGCUCAGAUGGAUCGGCCCUCCAGAAUUUUUGACCAUCUCUACUUGGGCUCUGAAUGGAAUGCAGCCAACUUUGAGGAGCUUCAAAGGAACAGGGUCAGCCACAUCCUCAACGUGACCCGGGAGAUUGACAACUUCUUCCCAGAGCACUUCACUUACAUGAAUGUGCGGCUCUAUGAUGAAGAGACCUCGCAGCUACUGCCACACUGGAAGGAGACCUACAGCUUCAUUUCAGCUGCCUGGGCCCAAGGCUUUCGGGUGUUAGUGCACUGCAAGAUGGGUGUGAGCCGCUCUGCCUCCACAGUGAUUGCCUACGCCAUGAAGGAGUAUGGGUGGUCACUUGAACGGGCCCUUUGCCACGUACAGGAGCGACGCCCAAUUAUCCACCCCAAUCCAGGCUUCAUGAGACAGCUAGAGCUUUACCAGGGUAUUCUGGAUGCCAGCCGACACAGCAGCCUAUGGGAACAAAAGGCGGGAGACGCCCCGUCAGAAGGCUCUCCAGAUAUAAGUGAUGCCAGCAGUGAUCUUUCAGGCAGUCCUGACUAUGAGACUUUAAGCUCAGAAGAUGAAUCAGAGGAGCCAGUGACAACCCCCCAGUAUUGCUUUCGUCCUUUGCGGGAACCUCUUGAAGAACCUUACCAUACUCUGGACCCUCCUGAUGGCCCCAGACUUAGUCUUCAUGCAAAAGAGGAACCUGGGGCAUCAGAUGACUCAGGAGCUGAGGAGGUGCGAAGACAUCUGGCUACAAUGAGAGUACCAGAGAAGCCAGCCAUGCUCCGACGGGAGCGCAUUAACCUCUAUGCAGUCAUGCGCAGCAUCAGUGAGAUGGACAGCUCAGAUGAACACAUCUCUAUGCCAGAGAGUGCCACUGAGGAAGAGGUAUUUCUUCAUGCUGAAAGGAAGCCUACUGUGACUUUUGAGCAAUCUCCCCCAAAUGAGGAGAAACUAGAGUCCACAACAGACUCUACAGCAAAGCUGUCUUUGUCAGAGGGAGAGCAGGCGCAGGGUCGCAGGCCCAGACGACGCAGGCGAAGGGCUCACCGGGGCCAUUCCCAGCUCUGCAAGCAGCUUUCCUACCACCCAGCACCAGGCCGGGUGCGCAAAGUUGUUCGGCACAUGGAGGACCCUGUCCCAUUUGGCCGCAGGCCCCCCUUACAGCACCGGCUCUCUGUGGCUCAGCUGGCUGAUGCUGCCCUGGUGGUGAGUCGGGCCAAGGAGUUUGAGGGACAAUCUGAAAGCCCUGACAAGCUCCUGUCACCUCCACAAGAACCCCAACCUAGAGAAAACACUGCCCUCUGUUCCUUGCCCUGCUCCCGGUCCCGACGAAUGGUGCGCCAGGCCAGUGUAGACAUGGACCCCAACUCAGGAUGAAGACCAGAGCCUUUUCUCCCUUUCAAUAAGUGGAGCCCAGAGGGCUAAACACUUUCAUUUCUUAUCACAGGGGCUUCUUUCCUCUGCCUGAGGCUCUACUGGCAACUAGCCUGGGAAGUGGCAUCUGAAUGCUGCCUGAGAGAAGGGCAGGAAGGAUGAGGGGAGAUCACCCCUUUAAGAGACAAUAGUGCUUCACAAGCUCUUCUUCACAUCUUCCCAUAGUAAUGGACACCACUGCUAGGGGGAACCAGUGCUCUUGUGGGGUUCCACUCGGUCUAUUCGAUUCAGACCUCCAAAUGUCCUUGAAGACUGCACAGCCCCAGGGCACCUCUGUUUGUGCCUUUAACUUGCUUUUGAUGAUGCUAUGCUGUUUGGGUGGUUAGAGGACCUGUGGCCUUCCAAGAUGUUGCUGGACUCCAACUGCCGUCAGCCCCAGCCAGCAUGGUGCAUGGUCGGGGAUGAUGGGAGUUAGAGUCCAGCAAUAUCAGGAUGGCCCUAGGCUCCCCAUGCCUGCUUCAUGAGGUGGGGCUAGGGAACGUCUCACUGUGAUCUGACUGGGGAAGAAACUUCCUACCUAUUUUUUAAUAUUUUUUUGCGCACACACACACAACCACUGUGCCAUUGCCAGCUUCGCUCUGCCAGAAAAUAAAAAGUUAAUUCACUUUCC